UUCGAGCUCUGAGGCUCCGCUAGCCAUUCCACAGCUGCAAUAUCCUCUCAAGCGUGAGCGUGAGCGUGAUCCAUCAGCCAAGGGCCCACCGCCGCCACAGAUGAGGUUCGUUCAAGCCGCGUCCAGGACGCUGCCAGUUUUCCUCUUUGGGCAGGAGAUAACAGGGCACUGCGAGACCUGCCUGGAUAAGCGCCCCGAGGCUAGGGAAUUAGACCCCCAUCUUGUAUAUACUUGGGUACCUACCUACUUAGCGCUUUCUCUGCUAUACCCUGGAGAGGAAGCAGCCGAAGCAGCUCCGUGGGGGAGGAAUCAGAGCGGGCGCCUGCGAAGAAGGAAAGGCUUUAGGUCGCAGUCCGUGUGGUCUCCUCACAGCAACCCCAUGGGGAGCUCUGCAGGAACGCAGAGAGAGCGCUUACAGUAGAGCAUGACGGCCACAUUGGAGCUGUCGCUAGACGAAGGCAUCUCUGUAAAUAGGCGCCUCCACGAGUUAAACCCAGGGAUAUUUCACGACAUGCCUUGGUAUUAGGAAUUUGCCCAGACCACUUAGACUGGGUACGAUUACUAGGGAGCCCAACGA